GUAAGGCGCUCCGCACAGAAUUUGUUCUUGUAACACGUUUGAAACUUUACACUAUCAGCUUCCUGUUUUUAGUUGUCAGAUAAUCUCGCGUACUGCUCUUAACACUUCUACAAAACACGAGGUGCCUUCAAGCUAAACGCGAAUCUACCGAAGACUAUAGGUCACACUAUUUUUGUGGUGUUUUCAAGAAUGGCAGAACAGUCUGUUGAGGAAGGCGAGUUGGAGAGCGAUAUUAAAAAUGAAUACAAGCCACCUGAAAAACGCACUCUGGAAGAGAUCAUGAAUCUAGACAAGGAAGACGAAAGUUUGCGAAAAUACAAAGAGGCACUAUUGGGUCCAGCUGUUGGCUCGUUUAAGGUUCCUUUUCCAGAAAAACCUGCAAAUGUUGUGUUCGAGAAGUUCUGUAUUCUCGUUGAUGGGCAACCGGAUAUUGAGUUCAAUCUCUUGGGUGAUACCUCUGACUUCAAGUCGAAACCUGUCUCAAUCGUCGAAGGCUGCAGUUACCGUAUUCAAGUCGUGUACUAUGUACAAAGAGAUAUUGUUUGUGGGCUACGUUUCAAGCAGUGGUUACGUAAAGGCCCUAUUCUAGUUGAUGAAAUUUCCGUAAUGCUAGGCAACUUUCGUCCCCAAGGACAUCCUCAUAUCUGGACAUCGGACCCUGAAGAAGCCCCUAAAGGUGUUUUAUCACGUGGCUUAUACAAAAUUGUGAGUCAGUUUAUCGAUGAUGAUAAAGCGGAAUAUAUCACCUGGAAGUGGUGUAUUAAUAUAGUUAAAAAGUCUACAGAUUCUUAACAACAUAUAAAUCAGUAUUUGUCCACAUAAAUAUGCCUGCGUGUGUUUGUAUCUAUUAAUAUUAUUACUUCAUCUUCAAACUUCUAUUCAAUUGUUUUCGUUUCAUGUCACGAUAGAUAUUCAUUGGUGUGUUGAUGAAUGUACAUCUCUUUGUGUUGGUAUAUAUAUAUAUAUAUAUAUAUAUAUAUAUAUAUAUAUAUAUAUAUACUCUUAUCAUUUUUUCACAGAAACUUUUGCUUCUUGUCAUUGUCAUAUCCUUUCUUUGUAUACAUUUUGUUCUACCUACCAUUUUAUUCAUUUGUUCGAUUCUUAAUUAUAAACUGUUGUCUGAUGAGCACACAUUUACUUUACAUGUAUAAUUGUUUGUGUCGAUUUACGGUGUCAUAACAUAAGAUUUUGCUUCUUUUAUUGAAAUUUGUGUGCGUUUAACUGAAUUGUGUUCAUGAAUUUCCAAUUUUUUUUACCCGCAUAUCAUUCUCUGAUGUGCGCGUGCUGAAUCCUCAUUUGUUCCGCUUAAUUCUACGUAUAAAUUUAAAGUGCAUUAGUAUAAACAACGAAG